CUUCCCUCCAGGCGCAAGUUUAUUUAUAUUGCAUAAAUAGCCUAGUUUAUACUAAUAGGGCAAAUCUACUGCUCUUAUAUAGCCCGAAAUGCACUCUGUAAUAACUUGAAAUUACUUUGAAAACAUGUAAUGUAUCUGUGGUGCGAUGUAACCCGAAUAUAACCCGAAUUUUCAAAUCAACUAUAUCGAUCUAAAUAAUAUAUCAGUUCAAUAAACCAUGAGACUGACAUAGAUUUGUUAUGUAAUCUAUAAAAAGAUAUGAAAGAUAGGACAAAAAAUAUGAGUGCUGAAGAAAGAACAAGAGAGAUUAAAGAAGAAUUAUACAUUGACAGAAACAGGAUAGGAGAAGCAUACAAGAAGAUACUUAGGUCAAUGCCUCUAGAGGCCAGUCCCAACAGAAACAAAUUCUUGCUUGAGCUGGGUGCCUUUCCUAAGAAGAAAUCCUUUAAGGAGAAGAUUACCAGCAAAUUAUCCAAAUGGUUUAAUCGAUCAAAGUAGUUUUAAUUAUACGGCUAUCCAACCACUGCUGCGUAUAAUUGCCAUAGCCUACCGUUACUCACACACUGCAGAGG